AACCCUAACGCAGAGGAGCGGCUGAUCAACUACCUGCUGGCCCCCGAGCGCUACAACAAGAUGAUCCGGCCGGCCGUCAACAAGAGCCAGCAGAUCACCAUCUCCAUCCAGGUGUCCCUCUCGCAGCUCAUCAGCGUGAAUGAGAGAGAGCAGAUCAUGACGACCAAUCUGUGGCUGUUUCAGGAGUGGAAUGACUACAGGCUGAGUUGGGAUCCAGAGAAAUAUGAAGGCCUCAAAAAGCUGCGCAUUCCUGCCAAGAUGAUCUGGCUUCCGGAUAUCGUGCUCUACAACAAUGCGGACGGCGUGUACGAGGUCUCCUACUGCAACACGGUGGUCUCCCACACCGGCUACAUCUUCUGGCUGCCCCCCGCCAUCUACAAGUCGGCGUGCGCCAUCCAGGUGCGCGACUUCCCCUUCGACCGGCAGAACUGCACGCUCAAGUUCCGCUCCUGGACCUACGACCGCACGGAGAUGGACCUGGCGCUGAUCAGCGACACGGCCAGCCGCGACGACUUCACGCCCAGCGGCGAGUGGGACAUCGUGUCGCUGCCCGCCCGCAAGAACGAGGACCCCCGCGACGCCGCCUACCUGGACAUCACCUACGACUUCAUCAUCCGGCGCAAGCCGCUGUUCUACACCAUCAACCUCAUCAUCCCCUGCGUGCUCAUCACCUCGCUGGCCAUCCUGGUCUUCUACCUGCCGUCCGACUGCGGCGAGAAGAUCGCGCUGUGCAUCUCCGUGCUGCUGGCGCUCACCGUGUUCCUGCUGCUCAUCUCCAAGAUCGUGCCGCCCACCUCGCUGGCCGUGCCGCUCGUAGGUAAGUACCUGAUGUUCGCCAUGGUGCUGGUGACCUUCUCCAUCGUGACCAGCGUGUGUGUGCUCAACGUGCACCACCGCUCCCCCUCCACCCACCACAUGCCCCCCUGGGUGCGCAGCGUCUUCCUGGUGCGGCUUCCCGCCUUCCUGCUCAUGCGGCGCCCGGGCAACUCCAGCGGCCGCCAGAGGCUCCGCCGCAAGUACGCCCACAAGUUCCCCCUGGAGGGGGGCCGGGACCCCCCCCCGGAGCUCCGGCUGGGCCUGGGGUUCGGGGGGGCCGGAGACGGCGACGCCUGCUUUGCCAACGAGGAGGCGGCGCGGCGGUACGGCUGGAGGGCGGGCGGGGUCCCGGCCGUGGGGGGCGGGGCCGGGGCGGGGGAGGGCGGGGCCGAGGGCGGGGCCGAGGGCGGGGCGGCGACGAGGUGGGACGCGUACCUGGAGGAGGCGGUGGACGGCGUGAAGUUCAUCGCCCGGCACAUGAAGACGGAGGACGAAGACGAAGGGACCAUCGAGGACUGGAAGUACGUUGCCAUGGUGAUCGACCGGCUGUUCCUGUGGAUCUUCAUCCUGGUGUGUGUGGUCGGAACGCUGGGGCUGUUCGUUCAGCCGCUGUUCCAGAGCUACAACACGCCCAGCGCUGGGGACCAAGAGUAG